AUGGGGUGCUGCGCAUCGGCUGCGAACCAGGAGGGUGCGGCCGUGACGGGCAAGUUUGCCGCAGAUGCCGUAAUUUACGCGCGAGAUGACCACGCUAGCACAUUUCAGCAAAUGAGGUUGGCGCGUGAUUUGCACAAAGCCACGGGGGGGACAUUGUGGCUGGAGUUCAUCUAUGAGGAGAGCCUUGAGGAGGUACGCAAAGCAUUUGCUACACAGAGCAAGGAGGAUGAUGCUGAAGCACUUGCUGCCGUGCUGAAAUCGCUCGAACACAAUGGAUGGUCUGUAGAAUUCAACACAUCCAUGGUGAAUUUGCUGACGGUCGCAUGGAAGCAUUCCAUAAAUGUCCACGCUUUGGACGAUCCGGAGUGGUCCAAGGAUGCGUUCGUUGCUCGGUACGGUAGCAAUCUUGGCGGGCUGCGCUAUUUGGCUAACCGCGCAUCACAGCUGGAUGAUCACGAGGGCGCAACCUCGCGAUGGUGCGACAAGAUUCUCAGCACGAGGCCGAAGCAAUCUGGCCCCAUCGUCGUUUUAGGCGGUGCUGAACACGGGCCUCCUCUCAUUGAGUUCAUGAAAGCUCGAGUUAAUGUGGAUGUUGUCUACAUGUAUGCUGAGUUCGAAGAGGCAGACGGUGAG